UACGCACUUUCUGUGUCAAACCUCGCUGAUAUUUUUCUCCAUGGGAAUAAGUGGAAGGUCCUCCUCCUCCUCCUCCUCCUCCUCCUUGUCUAUGCGGUUUUUAAUUGCAGCUUUUAUUGUUUUUAGCUUAUCCCCUCAAACCAUUUGUAACGCCACCCGGCAAAAGUGUACCCCUUCUUCCUGCGGUCAUAUCCGCAAUAUAAGCUACCCUUUUCGACUAAAGGGUGAUCCGCGCCACUGCGGCGACUCAGGAUACACUCUGUCUUGUGAGAACAACAAAACCAUACUAAACAUACGUUUAUCUGGCGAUUACUACGUACAGGCAAUCAACUACCAUAACCAAACAAUCCGAGUUGUUGAUCCGGGCCUUGACAAGAGCAAUUGCUCCUCCCUUCCUCUUCAUUCUUUGGCUCUUUCUUCUGGGUACAACUAUCCAGAUGAUGUUUAUUACCGAAUUCCGGAUCCGAUGCUUACAAAUUGUGCACCAUCAUCAACAUAUUCAUCAGCGAUAUGUACGGAAAUUGGAACAACAAAUUUAACAUUUUUAAAGUGCCCGAGUCCAAUGAAUUCAUCUCUUUACGUGGACGCUGCUCCAUGUUUUCCUGUUGAAUCUACUUCUAAUUCAUCUUCGUCGAUGUCGUCAUCCCAACCAAAAUCGUAUGGCUAUGUCAAGAUUGGAUAUUUAGAAGUAGGGCAGAUGAAGGACGGUUGCAGCAUAGAGCGAAGGACUUAUGCCUACUUGUUCGACGGCUACAACGCUUCUUAUAAAUCCAUACACAAUUCUCUGGUAUAUGGAUUUGAGCUUGAAUAUACCCUUUCGAAUUACUUUAUCUGCGGAGGCCAAUGGAGCUACAAUCACAAGUGUUAUCCGCACAGCGUUCCAGGUUUGUUUCGAUUUGUAUGGCCGCCGAUUCAAGGUAAGAGAUCUAUGUAUGGGAGCUUAUAUAACAUUUAAUUUGUCCUCUAUUGCGAGAGUUCUUAUAUUCCUUUUGAAUUGGUUUGACCCUUGGCUUACACCCCCUUCAUAACGAGUGCUACUUCCUAAAGAACAUGUCUGUUCAAUUUGAAUUGAUAUUCAAAUAUUCAAACAUGUUGUGAAGUGAAUAGGUACAUCUCUACCUCUGAACAU